AUGGUUUCUGCUCGUGCUGGUGUUGCGGCCGUUGGCCUCCUGAACGGUUACUGGGGACAACAUAGCACUCCCGGUGGCCUUAGGACACACUGCGAUGCUGGUGUUGAUUCCGUCACCCUUGGUUUUGUUAACAGCGCCCCUGAUUCCUCUGGAUAUCCCGGCAUCAACUUCGGACCCAACUGUUGGGCAGAUUCAUACCCUGACCCCAAAACUGGCUUGCCCACAAAGCUCUACAGCCACUGCAUGACUCUCCAGCAAGAUAUUCCUUACUGCAGAUCCAAAGGUGUCAAGAUCAUUCUCAGUAUCGGAGGAGUGUACGACCCUGUCCUUGACAACUACAAGGUUACAGACAACACCACGGCUACCAACUUUGCCACCUUCCUUUACAAUGCUUUUGGUCCUUACAACUCAAGCUGGACGGGCCCUCGCCCCUUUGAUGCCAGUCCCAUCGACCACACCGCCGUUGAUGGUUUUGAUUUCGAUCUUGAGCCUCCCCCAACCAGCGCUCUCAGCCCUGCCUGGUCAAUGGCACCUUACAUCAAGAUGGUUGAGAUAUUCCGUGCUCUUAACCCGUCUCUGAUUAUGACUGCUGCCCCCCAGUGCCCUACCAAUCCUCAAUACUUUGCCAUGAAGGAUUUGAUCCAAAACGCCGCCUUUGACAAGCUUUUCAUCCAGUUUUACAACAACCCGGCCUGUGAUGCCAUUGCUGGAAACUCCCCCGGCGAUGCUUUCAACUACAACGACUGGGAGACCAUUGUUGCCAAUAGCGCAAAGAGCAAGUCGGCUAAGCUGUACAUUGGUCUUCAGGGUCAACCCACGCCCCUUGGAUCAACCGAGUCUGGCUACAUUGACCCCAUUGCUGUUAAGAACCUGGUUUGCCAAUACAAGGACAAGGCGCACUUUGGUGGUCUUUCGGUGUGGGAUCUGUCUCAGGGUCUGUCCAACACUGUCAACGGAACGUCGUUUAACCAGUGGGCUCUUGAGGCGCUGCAGGUCGGAUGCAACCCCUUCCCUCCUGCAACUACCUCGGCAACUACUGUUUCUAGCACAACGACUUCCAAGGCGUCUUCUACGACCUCCAAGGCUUCGUCAACUACCACAACCAAGGCUUCAUCGACGACUUCCAAGGCGUCUACCACGUCCAAGGCUUCAUCGACAACCUCUAAGGCUUCGACAACCUCCAAGGCAUCCACGACCUCCAAGGCUUCUACCACCUCAAAGGCAUCGACCACUUCCAAGGCGUCGACAACUUCUAAGGCCUCAACUACUUCAAAAGCCUCUACCACUUCCAAGGCAAGCACUACUUCUAAGGCUUCGACAACUUCCAAGGCUUCAACUACCUCUAAGGCAAGCACUACUUCUAAAGUAAGCUCUACCUCCAAGGCUUCGACUACCUCCAAGGCGUCAACCACUUCUAAGGCUUCGACUACCUCCAAGGCGUCAACUACUUCUAAGGCUUCGACAACUUCUAAGGCGUCAACCACCUCCAAGGCUUCAAGCACUUCCAAGGCAUCUACCACAUCUAAGGCUUCAACAACUUCCAAGGCGUCCACGACCUCAAAGGCAUCUACAACCUCAAAGGCCUCGACCACUUCCAAAGCCUCUACCACUUCCAAGGUGUCCACAACCUCCAAGGCAAGCUCUACUUCCAAGGCCUCUUCAACUUCUAAGGCGUCGACGACCUCAAAGGCUUCUACCACCUCAAAGGCGUCGACCACCUCAAAGGCCAGCACCACUUCCAAAGUAUCUUCUACUUCCAAGGUGUCUUCGACCUCCAAGGCCUCGUCAACUUCCAAAGCUUCUUCUACUUCUAAGGUCUCUUCCACUUCCAAAGCGUCUUCGACUUCCAAAGCUUCUUCCACCUCUAAGGCGUCCUCUACUUCUAAGUUGAGCACUACUUCUAAGGUGUCCACCACGUCGAAGGUGUCUACUACCUCCAAGGCCAGCACCACCUCCAAGGCUAGCACUACCGUGAAGCCUAGCACUACUUCCAAGGCGAGCACCACUUCCAAGGCGAGCACCACGUCCAAGGCGAGCUCUACCGUGAAGCCUAGCACUACCUCGAAAGUAAGCUCUACCUCCAAGGCCAGCUCUACUUCCAAGGCCAGCACCACCUCCAAGGCGUCCACAACUGCAAAGCCAAGCACCACGUCCAAGCCCACUACUUCUACGAAGCCCACCACUUCGUCUAAGCCUACUACUUCGUCUAAGCCCACCACUUCUGCCAAGCCUACGACCUCUACCACAUCUGUAAAGGCGUCGACUUCCAGCAAGCCUACCGUGUCGGCUUCCAGCACGAACGUGGGUAGAGGUGUGACCAGCUCAACUGUCAGCUCCACCUCUUCCAGCGUCCUGUACCCUACGACAACAAGCAAGUGGUCCAACUCGACGAUUUCUCGUGGCUCGGCGUCAACUACUCCUGCUGGCUCUGCGACUGUCUCCCUCACGACCAGCGUUGUUUACACCACCUCCGUGCACACCGUUACCAAGUGCCCGUCCUACGUCACCGACUGCCCAGCCGGAGGCUAUGUGACCACGGAGACUAUUGCUCUGUACACUACCGUCUGCCCCGUCAGCGAGGCAACCCAGACUGCUGCGCCUGCGACCACGGCGCCUGCGACCACGGAGGCUUCCCAGCCUUGGACCACCAGCACUGUGUACACGACCAGAGUCUACACCAUCACAUCUUGUGCUCCUGACGUUCCCAACUGCCCGGCGAACCAGGUUACGACCGAGACGAUUCCCUUGUACACCACUGUGUGCCCCGUGACGGCGGCAGCUACCAGCACCCCCGUUGGACCUGCUAGUGUCGAGUUCCCUCAGAACACGGACGUUGGACAGCCUUCUGCCGGUGCUCCCGUCGUUGAGGCUGCCUACCCCACCGCCUCCAGCAUUCAGACCAUUGUCAAGCCUGUCACCUCCGUCGGAGUGCCCCAAGGUCCUUAUGGUGGAAGCAGUGUUGUCACCAGCUCCCCAAGCCAGCCAACCAACCCUGCGGGUUCUCCCAGCUACCCCAGCGGCGGUCCCGGCAAUGCCUCGCCUUCUGGAAGCUGGAGCGGCGUGCCCGUUGGUCCUUCUACGAUCCCUAGCAUCCCUGGAGCAAACGGUGCCUCUGUGAUGAGUGCUAGCUUGAUUGGUAUGGCCAUCGUUUUGGCUGCACAGGUUCUUGUUCUGUAG